AUGGCGGAAACAGAUGCGGUCCCCGCAAUUCAUGAAGACGGUUCGGUUGACGCAGAUUCCGCCGUGGACAGGACCAAUCUGUACGUCAAUUUGGGCCCGGCAUGUUGUCAGCCUAUCUUGACUGCCGCGGUGCCGAAGGCCCCCGAAGCACCUUCAGCCUCUUCUGCUGGCGACGAAAGCAAAGACGAUGUUGAGUCUACUCAAUAA